UUAUAAAAGUUUGUACUAUUUUUGAUUAACAUUUAGUAGAUUUUAGAUUGUCAAUUGCUACACAAAGGUUGUGAACUUAAAGGUGGAAAGAAAACAUAACUUCUUUUUGUGCAAAAGAAAUACAAAAUUUAAAAUAUGCGUGGUUUUAUAGUCAUUUGCAUUUGUGCCACAGUCUUAGCUGCACCUCAGGGUUACAAUUAUAAUCAACAACAGAGUGGUUUUUCAGCCGGUUUACCCAACUUUAAAACAAAUGCUCAUGUAGCUACUACCACAACGAAAACACAAGAAGCACAUGGAUUCUUGCAACAGGCAGUUAAUUCUGGCAAUUUGCAACAAGCUUUACUAGGAGGACAAACAACGGCACAUAAUACACAACAAUUUUCAACAGCACCCAAAUUUCCACAAUAUCAACCUGUUACACAGCAAAACUUUGGCUUUGCAAAUGUACAGCAACAACAGGCACCUUCUGUAGGAAACUUUGGAGGACAACAACAAUUCAAUGGCUUUCAGCAACAACAAUAUUCCAAUCCAAAUACUGUCACUAAAGAUAUCUAUGUACAUGUAGCCCCCGAAGAUGGUGAAGAUCAACAAUAUCAACAACCUGCUUUGCCUCCACCACCACCACGCAAACAUUAUCGUAUUGUGUUCAUUAAAGCUCCAUCUCAAAAUAUUAAUAAGGCAGCUCUACGCAUACAACAGGCUCCCACCGAAGAGAAGACCAUUAUUUAUGUUUUGACUAAGAAACCCGAUCCUUUAGACUUGCAGGCCGCUAUUCAAGAUGUUCAACCUAAACAGCCCAGCAAACCGGAAGUAUAUUUCAUCAAAUACAAGACACAAGAAGAGGCACAACAUGCACAACGUACUAUUCAAGCUCAAUAUGAUCAACUUGGCGGCACUUCACAAGUAUCCGAUGAAGGUAUUGCACCUGUAGCCUCGGUAAUUGGUUCUUUAGAUGGUGGUCAACAAACCGGCUUGGAUUUUUCCAAAGGUUCCGCGCACACUAGCAGCUCAUCAUCACAGUCUAGCUCCAGUUUUACUAGCAGUGGUGCAGUAAAUAAUGGCAGUCAAUAUUUGCCACCUAUUGUAAAAUUGUAAAAUUUCUUAGAAAAUUUUAAAUUACUUUAUUUCCAUCAAACAUGACUGAUUUGCCAUUAAAUGCCACCAUAAAGAUUUCUUUUCUAAAUCGUCGUUUUCUACUCUUUAAAUUAAUUUAAAUUUAAUUAAAAAAACAUUUACUUUUACUCAUGACAAAUGAAGACAAAUUACUUUUACGUUUUUAGUACAUGUUUAUCUAAAAUCAAGAAAAUUACAAAAAUGUCUACUCAUCAGAUAUAAAAAUGAAAUUAAUUAACUUCUAAUUACUUCCCUUUUACGUAGUUUUGUUAUUGAAUUAUUUGUUGUUAUUUCUUACUUUUAAAAUUGUUACCUUAUUCGUUAAAUUUGUUAAAUUUGUUGUAAAUUUAUUUGUUUCAUUUGU